AUGUUUUCCAAGUGCGAGUUCUGGUUGAACUCAGUGGCCUUCCUUGGGCACAUAGUAUCCGGUGAAGGUAUCAAGGUCGAUAGGCAAACGGUUGAAGUAGUUAAGAAUUGGCCAAGGCCCAUAACCCCUACCAAAGUAUGCCACUUCCUAGGCUUGGCUGAUUACUACCGAAGGUUUGUGGAGAAUUUUUCAUCCAUAGCUGUUCCACUUACAAAGUUGACACAUAAGGCAGUUCAAUUUCGGUGGACCAAUUAUUGUGAGAAGAGCUUUCAGGAGUUAAAGGACAGGCUAACCUUGGCACCAGUUUUAACUCUACCUGAGUGA